AUGGCUCUAUUCUUUCAUUCAAUGGAUUUCUCAAAAGAAAACUCCUCAUUUUCCUCCAUUCCUUCACCAUCAACAUCCUCUCUUUCUCUGUCUCCUUCCUUCCCUUUCAAGAAAAAUAAUAAACAAAACAAAAAACCUCCAUUUUCAUUCCUUCCUGUUGCAGUUCUUCUGCUAAAAAAGAAUCUCUUUUUCUUUCUUUCCUAUAAUACAAUUCCAUUUCCCUCAUAGCUCUAUCUUCACCACUAUUUGAAGGGCUUUUUUUUCUUCUCUUUUGAAUGCCUUCUUUAUAAUACCACUCUAUUUUUCAUUUGUCAUCGUAGGGCCGACAUCAUUACGGUCACUGUGUUGUAGGGUGUUGGCCUCCAUACAUGGUAUUACGACUUUGUGGAAACCUGUGUUGUUUGUUCGAGUUUUAUCACUAUAAUUUGUUGUUACAUCGUUUCUUUUGAAGUUAUGGAGCUAUUUUACUAAACUUCUUCGUGAAGAGAGGAGGCAUCCUUCUCUCAAAGUUGUCGUUUGUUAGAGUGAGUUGUUACGUAAAACAUUUUGUGCUAAUGAUUUUAGGUGGUUAAGUCCAUUGAAAAACAGCUGAAAAAUGCAGAAGAUUAUAGUUCCAAAAUGCACUAAUCCAAUUCGUUUUAUUACACUAACCUCCUUCGUUUUAUGUUUUGUAUUGUUCUUCUUUGAUUACUCUGCCUUGUAUGAAACAAGAAAGAAUGAAGUCACCCUCUUAACCAAUGACUUCUCAAAUUCUUCAUCCAUUUCUCUAAACCCCACCAAUGAUACAGAACCAGAAAAAGAAGCCAUUGUAACUGAUAGCGAAAGCUCCUCCAUUGACCAAAACCCAGAAAAAGAAGCCAUUGUCAAAACUCGAACCAUUUCCUCCACUAAUUCUCGUCCAGCUAGAAGAUCAAGAAAACGAGCACGUCGAAGAGGCAGAUCAAUAAAAACCAAACCAUCUCAAUCUCGGGCUGUUGAACUGCCAAAAACAGUUCCAUUCAAAACAGAGGAUCCAUCAUGCAUAGGAAAAUACAUUUACAUUCAUAAUCUUCCCAAGAAAUUCAAUGAAGACUUAGUUGAGAACUGCAGAUUACCUCAUUUGAAAUGGUCAGAAGUUUGCAGAUUUGUGUGGGAAAACAUGGGAUUAGGCCCAAAAGUUCAAAACCCCAAAAGAGCUUUAACAAACAAAGGCUGGUUUUACACCAACCAAUUUGCAUUGGAAGUCAUUUUCCACCAGAGAAUGAAGCAAUACAAAUGCUUAACAAAGGAUUCUUCUAAAGCAGCAGCAAUUUUUGUGCCAUUCUAUGCAGGCCUUGAUGUUGGCCCAUAUCUUUGGGGAUUCAAUGCUUCAAUAAGAGACAAAGGCCCACUUGAAUUAGGUAAAUGGCUUUCACAAACAUCAGAAUGGAAAUCCCUGUGGGGUAGAGACCAUUUCUUCAUUGGGGGAAGAAUCACUUGGGAUUUCAGAAGAGACAAUCAAAAUGACUCAGAUUGGGGAUCAAAGCUAAUGCUUUUACCAGAACCUAAAAACAUGACAAUGCUAACAAUAGAAACAGGAUAUUGGAACAAUGAUUAUGCAAUCCCAUAUCCCACUUAUUUCCAUCCUUCAAGUGACUCCCAAAUCAUAGAAUGGCAAAGGAAGGUGAAAAGACAGAAAAGACCUUUCCUUUUCUCCUUCAUAGGAGGACCAAGGCCAACACAAGAAACCUCCAUUAGAGGGGAACUCAUAAACCAGUGCAAAGCUUCAAAAAGCUGUUACUUUUUGGCAUGUAUCCCUGGAGAGAAGAAAUGUGGUGAUCCUGUAGCAGUGAUGAACACAUUUUUGAACUCAGUUUUUUGCUUGCAACCACCAGGGGACUCAUUUACAAGAAGAUCAAUUUUUGAUGCUAUUUUAGCUGGUUGUAUACCUGUUUUCUUUCACCCUGGGACAGCUUACGCACAAUACAUUUGGCAUUUUCCAAAGGAUCACAAAAAAUACUCUGUUUUUAUUCCUUCAAAGAAAGUUAAAGAGAAAGAGGUGAAUGUAAGUGAGGUUUUGGAGGGAAUUUCUAGUAAGGAAGUUCUGGAGAUGAGAAAUCAGGUUGUUAGAAUGAUUCCUAGGGUGGUUUAUGCAGAUCCCAAUUCAAGAUUAGAGAGUUUUGAAGAUGCUUUUGAUGUAGCAGUUAAAGGGAUUCUUGAGAGAGUGGAGAGGGUAAGGAAAGGGAUUGAGGAAGGUAAAGAUCCGACUGCUGAUUUUGCUGAUAUGAACAUGAAAAAGUUUGAAUUGCUUGGAUUUACAUAAAACAAGCAUGGUGAUCUUGAUCUCAGUUCUUAGUGUUUUAUUGUAAAUCCAAGCAACAGGGAAUUAGAAGAUUUCUUUGGUUUGUUUUGACUAGAUAAUAAUUCUCAUGAAGUUGAGUGUUCUUAGUUCAGCGUAAUAUUAUCUUUUUGUCCAUCUAAUGCAUUUUAGCUACAUGUUGAUUUCUAA